AUGCCUUCUGAAUCUGGGAGUCGAAUGAGACGCAGCAAGUCCACCCCAUCAGUCCGGAAGCGUCGUUCAACUGUCUCUACGCCAGAGGCUCUGGAUCCUCAAAUCGCUCGCCAUCAUGCCACCACUGCUGCGUCACUCGCCAUGGCUCAGGCAAAGGGUAGGACCGCUCAUGCAUCAUACGAGGAGAGAAAGCCUUAUAGGGGAGAUAUCGCCUCGAUGACUGUGGCGACCACCGUGCCAACUGCUAGUAGAACCCCUCGCCAUAGUCCUAGCAUCCGUUUUGUCAGGGAAGGAGGGAAUAAGAACUAUACUGACACCGCUGUAUCUCCUACUCUUCCAUCAAUCGAACAUGAGACUGAUGGCAUCUUUGAGCAAUGCUUGCCAGAUGAUGACUACGCAAUUCGCGAGUUUCAGGGCUUUGGAAAUGAGGAACUUUUUGCUCCAUCAUCCUAUCGCCGACUUCGCAAGGCCCGGUCCAUGUUCUCGACGAGAUCGAUGAGAAGCCCUCGCGGCGGAGCUGUUCCUUCGAAUGAGAUGUCAAAUAUAGAACCUUCCUUACUGAAAAGGAACUCCGAAAUUGCAGUCGAUAAGCCCAAAUCUCUUCGUCACUCGUUGUCAUUUUUCAAUGGGGCCUCAAGUACGAUCCGGCGAGCGAAAAGUCAUUAUGCCAUGUCCAAUCGUGUGCAGUUGUCUGAGGAGUCUGUGAAAGAAGCUAUGCCUCGAAAGCAUCCAUUAUUACCAUCAAAGGAAAACCGUUUAUCGCAAAAAUCCCUGAGGCCCACAGUUAGGGCGAUGCGAGAGAUGAGUCCCGAUGAUGAUGCAGUUCCUGUCAGCGACAGUAAUGGCGUCCACAAGAAAGCUCGAGCUUUCUCAAUUAAUAUCAAAAAAAGGUUGAAAAGGGUCUUUGGAAUACCAGGCUCUUCUGAUGAUCAGCUAUCAGAAGACCGUUCAUUUGGAUCGCCCUACAGUGAAAGUAUUGCUUUUGAUAGUCUUUCCACUUUUGACGGAGCAUCACCACCAACGCUUCGUUCCAGACAAAGUCUUGAAAGUAUCGACACGUCAGCCUCUCGAGUCACUAGUUGGACGAAUUCGACUGCAGGAAAUACCGUGAAGACUAGACAUGCGCCGAGUCGCAACCACCUUUCAACCAUCGAAGAAGGUGUGGAUGCUAUGAGUGGCCAACAGUUUGAAAUGCCUGAAUUUCGUAGAUCGGAACGUGUUGCAUACCCACAGAGCAAGCAGAUCGACUCGCAACGAAUUUACUCCGCUUUAAUGAAACACAUCGGUGAAUCAUCAUCCAAAAAUGGGGAGACGGUAUUAUCGGCUGGUGCCGUGAGAGGUUAUCCUACCAUCACAGAACGUUCAUCCUCUGUUCAACCUUCACGAGAGGGCCGUGGCAUUCGGCCAAUGGCAAGUGACAUGUCAAUGAAAAAUGCUCAAACAUCUCUUCAGAUUGAUUCUCGUCCGGAAAGCUCGCAAAGUCAUAUAUCUGGGUAUUCUCACUACCUGGACGCCAACAGAUUCAUUGCAAAGGGUAAAUCAGUAUCAAGGAACCCUUCAAAGGCCCCUCUCAAAGAACCGGACUCACUCUUUUUCCCUUCGACUGCAUCACACAAACCUAAAACACCAAGUCCAUAUAGGAUGGCAAUGAAUUCAAUACGCGAAAAUGAUUACUCUGAUGAUGACGCUACUAGCGUGAUUAUAAGACAAACUACAAGGUGUGUCUCGACUUCCCCAAGUGUUUAUUCAAGAACUCCAAGUGGCCAAGCUAUAAAUCACGAGGAUCUUUGUCAUGAAUACGAAACCCCUGGGCAGUCAGGUAUAGCAACCAUUUUUGACAGCCAGGUUCCGUACAGAUCUCCCAAGAAACACGGGUCUUCUGGGAUGGGUAUUCGCUCGAAAAACAGUGCAGAGUGGAAGAACUGGAUGGACACUCAAAUGAACAAUAUCACCGUUUUUGAUGCUCCUAAACUGAUCUGUCAGCCAGUGCCAAGAGACCAUCAUCGAGAGGAUGCCGAGUGUGACGAAGAACCAAUCCUAAUCAGUCCUCCAACUCGUGAUCGACUUAUAGAAUAUAACGAAAUGACCCAACCAAGAACUUCUCUCAGCGAGCUUCGGAAAUUGUACACGUUGCGAGAUCUUCGCCCAACAGCGUCUACAACAGAAACGAAGCCUUUGGAACAGAGUAAUUUCUCCCGCCCACUCAGCAGACAGUCAGUGGCAUCCCUCAGAACGACAGGUCGAUCUGCUGUGAAUAGUUGUGCAAAGGAUCUUUGCGCAGUCUCUGAAAAUAACAACAUCCCUCAUCAGCAAGAUAUUCGAGAUCCACCCGGAGAAACCUUUCGUACUGUAAGAUCAAAAAGACUCGUUGAUAUUGCAAACUCCUCGAAUCGCAGUUUGGCUAUUAGGACAGCACGCGAAGCUAGGAUCAACCGUAGUCCCGACGAACGAUGCACAAUGCGACAGGUCGAUGACCAGAAAGGUGCGAAAACAGUACAAUUUCGGUCGGUUAGAGAGGGCCCAGACGACACAUUAGGCAACAAAGAAAAUGAGAGAUCACCGAGUGUCAACAGAAAAGGCAAAUCUGUGGUGAGACUUUCUGAUCUGACGGGGCUACACUCAACUAUAGAUAGCAAGCGCAUGGUGGAUUUGUUUUUAGACAGCCGUCGUGGCCGGGAGAACAACGCUGAAAGAGAUACCCCUUCCCCAGCCUUCAUAUGA